AUGCAUUCAAACAAGUCACCGCCGACUGCGCUCGGACAGGGAGAGGGCAUACGCACACGAUCGUCAUCCUGUGCCUCCGGUGCAACUUUUCACACCAUCGAUUCGUUCUUCACUGGCGAAGAUGGCGCCUUCUCGUCAGCUCAUGACGAGUUGGAACGGGACCGACAGCGAUCACAGCGACGAGAGUCCGUUUUGGCACCAGCGACGGACACAAGUUGCGCAUCCGAAGCCACCUCGGUCACUCUUGCGCUUUCACCAGCUAGCCGGGAGAGCAACACCAGCAUUCCUUACUUGCGCGCUUCGAAGAGCAAGCCGUGCCUGCGUGGCUCCUCCCAGGCCUCCUCAUCAUCGUCCAGCUCUCCUAUCGACGAUCGUCCGCGAGAUAGAAAAGAGCACCGUCUCUCGCCGCUGUCGAUCGACUGGGGUGCGAACUUCUGGUGUGUCGUCACGGAUCCCUUCUCGCCUGCAAACACCUUCUUCGCCAAUCCUCAGACGGGCGAAUGCAGAUGGACACUUCCCGCGGGCUCCAUCGUCUUGCCGCCAAAUGACAGGGGCGAAUGGUGGGAGGUGAUGGACGAGCGUACCGGGAGGAAGUACUACUACCACACUCGCACAGAGGAGAGUCGGUGGACGAGGCCAGACAACUGGGAAGGCAUGAUCAUUCCCAUGCUUGCGGUACAAAAGUCGAGUCACGUCAUCACGCGCGAGAACACGGUCCAGAAGAGGGGUAGUGUAGUACCCAGAGACUUCAACUACCCAGAUCGAAGGCCGGACUUGACGCUCAAGCAAGACGAAGACGCUGUGAUCACCACACCUCUACGACCGCGCACAAAAUCGUUGCCGAAGAACGCGCUCACAAACGCUCGUAGAAAAGCAUCGAUUUCGCGAUCCAGCAAACAUCGAUUGGACCGCGCUCCUCUGCUGACUCGACAAAGACAUGCAGGUCUCGCCGAUCUGGCGGAACAGAGAACGAGUGAGGAAAGCGCGACGUUCAAGGCGAUCAGCAGCAUCCUGAUGCAUGACCUCAAGGUUUUGGAGCACGCGCGGCAGAAUUCUGGACCGCCGUUUCGCCCCGAUCCGACGAUCCCAAGCUUCUCUACGAUCGCGAGCGGCAAGCAGUAUCGCCGUCCGAAAUUGUCCAUCACGACGAGGUCGGCAUGGAGAUUUCCCGUCGCGGCCAUCACCAAGACCGUCGACGCACCCUCUCAGAAUGAUCAGCGUCAGGCCAAAGAAACGGCAGAAGCACUGGCAGAAUCGCCAAUCUCAAUACGAAAGCUAGGCAAAGGGCUCGCGCACGAUCCCAGCCCGUCCACCUCGCCAACAGCUCCGCCGCGUAAGAGCUUGAAUCAUGCCAGGUCGAUGCCGUUCCUGUCUGGCCGCGCGAAGCAGUCCCACUCUGGAUCGCCAACGGUCGAAAUGCCGUGUCAUUUCGCCAAGGCUCUCAUAUGCAACUGCUUCCAGUCGGUCGAGGGGAGCGCCGACACUGCUGUUGUUCUCGCACAUCCAUCAAUCAAGGGAAAGCGCGCAGAUGUAGGCGGUAGAUGCGUCAAGAGGAAGAAAACCUUCGGCAGCUUCGUCAUCUCGAUGAUCAAAUGUCGAAGACCCGAGGAUGUCGAUUGCCAUCCGCAGUCCAUCCCCUCCCCAAACGCCGUGUAA